UUAGUGUAGUGAUGAAAGGUUUAAUCUUUAUUGGAGUUAUACAUUUUAUGUUAUGCUGCCCAAUCACCGCAGAUUGGUGGAAAAAUGGAAAUUUUUAUCAAAUUUAUCCACGUUCAUUUCAAUCAUCUAGUGAUGGAAAUUCUAAAAAUACCGGAAUGGGUGACCUUAAUGGAAUAAUUUCUCGUCUUCAAUAUUUGAAAGAAAUUGGAAUAACUGCAGCAUGGCUUUCUCCAAUUUUUACAUCACCAAUGGCCGAUUCAGGAUAUGAUAUAAAAAAUUUUACUGAAAUCGAUUAUCGCUUUGGAAGUAUGCAAGAUUUUGAAAGGCUCUUGAAACGUGCCAAAGAACUUAAUAUUAAGAUUAUAUUAGAUUUUGUGCCAAAUCAUACAAGUAUAACAUCUACAUGGUUCGAAAAAUGAGUUGCAAAAAUUUCACCAUAUUCAGAUUUUUAUGUUUGGCAUGAAGGGUAUGAAGACCCAAAUAAUAAAACUAAUAGAUUACCGCCCUCAAAUUGGAUAAGUCAAUUUCGUAAAAGCGCUUGGUUUUGGAACAAAGAACGAAAAGCAUUUUAUUUACAUCAGUUUGCACCGCAACAACCUGAUUUAAAUUACAGAAAUCGAGAAGUUCAUAAAGCUAUGAAAGAUGUUUUAGAGUUUUGGCUGAAAAAAGGUGUAGAUGGAUUCCGGAUAGAUGCAGUUCCCUAUAUUUAUGAAGCUGAUCCGAAAAAAUUUGAUGGAAAGUACCCGGAUGAAAAAAGAAAUGAAACAGUUAAUGAUCCUGACGAUUAUGAUUAUCUAAUUCACGAUUAUACUGUAGAUCAACCAGAAAAUUUAGAAUUGCUGUACGAAUGGAGAGAAAUUCUUGAUAACUACACAAAGAAAUUUGGUGGUGACGAGAAAGUACUAAUGGCUGAGACUUAUUCACCAUUUGAUAUUGUCAUGAAAUAUUAUGGUACACCAAAAGUUCCAGGAGUUCAUAUUCCAUUUAAUUUUCUGAUAAUAAAAGACUUGAAUUAUAAUUCGACAGCCAAAGAUUAUGCUAACACUAUUAAUACAUGGCUUUCUCAAAUGGAUGGCUUUCGUGUUCCAAACUGGGUACUUGGAAAUCAUGAUAAAAAUCGUGUCGGGACCAGAAUGGGAUAUGAUCGUAUCGAUUUAUUGAAUAUUAUUAUAGCUACACUACCAGGUAUUUCUGUAACAUAUCAAGGAGAAGAAAUUGGUAUGACUGAUGUAUGGAUAUCAUGGAAAGAUACUGUUGAUCCAUGGGCAUGUAACUCAAAUCCAGAAAUAUAUCAAAAAAUUUCAAGAGAUCCAGCUCGUACUCCUUUCCAAUGGAACGAUAAUGAGAAUGCCGGAUUUAUAAAAGGUAAAACAAUCUGGUUACCAGUUGCAAAAAAUUAUACUAUAGUUAAUGUGAAACGACAACGUCAGAUUGUCAGAAGUCAUUUGAAUGUUUAUAAAGAUUUAAUGCGAUUAAGAAAACUUAAUGUAUUUAAGAAGGGUUCAGCAAAAGUUUUAGCUAUCGGAAAGAAUACUUUAGCAAUAUUAAGAAGUUUGAAUAAAGUUGAAAAAUAUAUUGUUUUAUUAAAUAUUGGAGAUGAUGUCGAAGAAUUAGAUAUCAAUAAAAUUUUCGAAGGCAUUCCUGAGAAAUUAACUUAUGUUUUAACUACAAGCAGAUCAGCACAAAAAUAUGGAUCACAAAUUAGUAGCAAAGGUUUCGUAUUAUUACCUAAAGAAGGAGUUAUUUUGAAAUCCGGUCCUAUCUAAUAUUAUUACGUAUAUUAUUGCAUAUUACGUUAUUAUUAAAUAAAACUAUGAUCAGAAACUGAA